AUGGGAAUCGCUGGGCUGUUGCCACAGCUCAAGUCUGUCGUCCAGCGCAAACACUUGAACGACUUCCGAGGGAAGACGAUAGCCGUCGACGCGUUCUGCUGGCUGCAUCGGGGAGCUCUCUCAUGCCCGAAGGACAUCGUCGAGGGCACGUACACCACGAGAUAUGUGGACUUUUGCAUGAGGCAGGUGCAGACCUUGCAACACGCUGGCAUCAAACCCGUCGUGGUGUUUGAUGGGGCGGCCUUGCCGGCGAAGGAGGGGGAGAACGCCGAGCGUCGCAGGUGCCGCGAGGAGGCGCGCGAGAAGGCGCUUGCGUUCGCGCAGAGCGGCAACGACCACGCUGCAUACGAGUGGUUUGCCAAGGCAGUCAACAUCUCCGACGACGUCGCGCACAGGUUUGUGGUGGCACUGCGCGCUGCCAAGGUCGAGUACGUCAUCGCGCCCUACGAGGCCGACGCGCAGAUGGCGUACCUAGCGAAGCAGGGUCUCGUCGAUGCGGUGCUGACGGAGGACUCCGAUCUGCUCGCGUACGGGUGUCCCCUGGUCCUGUUCAAAAUGGACAAAGCAGGCGGCGUGCAGGCCAUAGCGUUCGAGGACCUGGAGAACUGCAAGGGGCUGGACCUCAAGGGAUUCUCGCCGGAGAUGUUCAUGCAGAUGUGUGUCUUGUUCGGCUGCGACUUCCUACCGUCCGGGAAAGGCGUGGGGCCGAAGACUGCGCACGCCGCGAUGAAGAAGACCCGCUCUUGGGUGAAGGCGUGCAAGCACCUGCGGUUCAACGGGAUCGCACUCCCGCGUGGGUACGAAGCGUCGUUCCAGCGGGCGAUCUGGACGUUCAGACACCAGCGGAUAUAUUGCCCGAAGAGACAGAGGAUCGCGCACGUCACGGACAUCCCCGAGGGUGGGAUGGUUCCGGACCCGGAGCUGUCCACCGUCUCCAUCCCGGACGAUGCAGCGGCACUGCUGGACCCGAGCGACACGUCGUUCCUCGGCCCGGAAAUACCCGAGGAGCACGUGCAGGCGCUUGUGCGUGGCGACAUCAGCCCGAAGACGAGGGAGCCCUUCGCCGAGGACGCGAAACCGCCGCCCACACAGAGCGGAUCAGCUCAGCGCCACACAGGGUCCCAGCCCGGCCAGAGCGGCUCUGCGCUGUGGAAUUCGCGCAGCACCCAGCCCAGUCAAAGUGGCGGAAAGCUGGCGCAGCCCAAGGCACACGCACAGCGCGCAGGGCUCACCAAGUCAGCGAGCGGCCGCGGCGGCGACAUCCGCAACAUGUUCAAGCCCCAAGUGAGCAGGCCUGCGCAGGCAAUGCCGAGCACUGGGUCGCUGCGCGGCACAAGCGGAGCGGCUGGGCCGUCGUGGGCGAGGUCGUCGGCGCCCAGCGGUGGCAGCCUGCAACACCCGCUGAGCGAGGCAGGGCGGCACACUCCGGAGCGCACCCGUUCCCCGUCGCCCGAGGUCGUCAGCCCCCCGCGGAAGAACCCGCUCGCCGUGGACAUGACGGGGACCCGCGUGAACAGCAAAUUCUUCGGAGCGAAGGCAGAGGCGAACGGGGCGGCGCCGGCGAUGCACAUCGCGAACGUCGGCCGGAAGCUCACCCACACCAGCCUGAUCCACCAGAUGCGCAAGCCUGGGCACGGGCCCGCGCGUCACGCGGUGCGAGGACAGGGCGUCGGCGGGGCCGCGGCGGCGCCUGCGACCGGGCUGAGCGCCAUCGCGCAACAGGCCGUGAGCAAGGCAGUGGGGCUGAAGAAUGUCAGGGAGGCGCUGGCUGAGGGGGGUGGCAAUCUGGAUGGACCUCCCACAAAGAGCAGGAGGGUCGACGGAGGGGGUUCGGAGCAGCCCGCACCCGGCGGCGGUGUGCAGCUCGAUCUGAAGCAGUUCAUCUGCGGUUCGGUGCCGAAGGACUGA